AUGUCUAUUUCCAACGUUCGCGUCGCUGUCACUCAAGCUGAGCCCGUUUGGCUAGAACUCAACGAAGGCGUAGACAAAACGUGCCAGCUCAUCACUGAGGCAGCUAGUAAUGGUGCUAAGUUGAUUGCAUUCCCUGAAUGUUGGAUCCCAGGAUACCCGUGCUGGAUCUGGACUCGACUGUUGGAUGUUGGAUUGAACGUUCGCUAUAUCAAGAACUCUCUCCGUCGGAAUUCUCCUGAGAUGGAACGUAUCCAGCGUUGUGCGCGAACCAAUUCUAUCGCAGUGUCAUUGGGAUUCUCCGAGAACUUUCACGACUCGAUUUAUAUAGCCCAGGUGCUGAUUGGCCCCGACGGAGAGAUCCGGGCGCAUCGCCGGAAGAUGAAGCCCACGCAUAUGGAGAGGACGAUCUUCGGUGACGCUUCUGGAGACUGUUUCGCUAGUGUGGCCGAGCUGCCAUUUGCAAGGGUCGGAGCGCUCUCAUGCUGGGAACAUAUCCAGCCGUUGCUGAAGUAUCAAACCAUGUCUCAGCAUGAGGACAUACAUGUGUACGCGUGGCCAAGUCUAACGCCUCAUUCGGGCGGACAGGAUCUCUGGUCGAUGUCUGCAGAAGGAUGUCAAGCUCUCUCACAGACUUAUGCGAUAGAAUCGCAGUCUUUUGUUCUUCACUGCACGGCAUUAAUCACGGAGGAGGGUGUGAAGGUGAUGGACACCUCGACGGGAGCAUUAAUGUCGUCUCCUGGAGGUGGAAGUUCGGCAGUUUUUGGACCCGACGGCCGCCGACUCACUAAGCCAGUCGAUUCAACAACUGAAACAAUCAUCUAUGCGGAUCUGGAGUUGGAUCAGAUCAUCAGUACCAAGAUGUUUGCUGAUGGAAAUGGCCACUACAGCCGUCCUGAUCUGAUGAGGCUCAACGUCUCUACCAAGGUCAGGAAGAUGGUUAUCGAGGAUGAUCAGGAAGAUAUUGUCGAUGUAUCCACAGUAGUCUAG